AGAUGGCGGUCCGGAGCUGAGCGCCCCUCCGGGGAGCGCGCCGCCCCUGUCCCGCCCGCGGCCCCAUGCAGGCGAAAAAGCGGUACGUGCUGGCGCUGUGGGCCGCCGCCGCCCUGGGCGCGGUGCUGCUGGUCCGGCUGCGGGGCGGCGCCGGACGCCCGCGCCGCCCCGCCGACGGCCCGGCCUGGCCGGCCUUCCCGGACGCCCGCCGCCCCUUCGCGGAGGAGGAGGAGGACGCGGAGGCCCGGGGAGCCUCCGUCCCUCGCCGGCCGCCCCCGGCUCCCCGCCCCGAGCGGUGCCGCAUGGAGUCCUGCUUCGACUCGGGGCGCUGCCGGCGGUGGGGCUUCCGCGUGUACGUGUACCCCCGGGCCAAGGGCGACAAGGUGGGUCCGGCCUACCAGGGCGUGCUGGCGGCCAUCGAGGCGUCCCGCUUCUACACGGCCGACCCGGGCCGGGCCUGCCUGUUCGUGCUGGGGCUGGACACGCUGGACCGCGACCCGCUGUCGCCGCAGUUCGUGGCCAACCUGCGGGCCCGGGUGCAGGGGCUGGCCCUGUGGAACGGCGGCCGCAACCACCUGGUGUUCAACCUCUACUCGGGCACGUGGCCCGACUACGCCGAGGACGACGUGGGCUUCGAGCUGGGCCAGGCCAUGCUGGCCAAGGCCAGCCUGGGCGCCGCCGCCUUCCGGCCCCGCUUCGACGUGUCCCUGCCGCUCUUCUCCCGCGACCACCCCCGGGCCGGGGGCGGGAGGGGCGCCCUGCGCGCCAACGCCGUCCCCCCGCUCAGGAGGUACACGCUCGUCUUCAAGGGCAAGAGGUACCUGACCGGCAUCGGCUCCGACACCAGGAAUGCCUUAUACCACGUCCACAACGGGGACGACCUCGUCCUCCUCACCACCUGCAAGCACGGCAAGGACUGGCAGAAGCACAAAGACGCGCGCUGCGACAGGGACAACGCCGAAUACGAAAAGUAUGAUUAUCGGGAAAUGCUGCACAAUGCCACUUUCUGUCUGGUGCCCCGGGGCCGCAGGCUUGGAUCCUUCAGGUUUUUGGAGGCCCUGCAGGCUGCCUGCGUCCCAGUGAUGCUGAGCAAUGGGUGGGAGUUGCCGUUCUCUGAAGUAAUCGAUUGGAACCAAGCAGCCAUCAUAGGCGAUGAAAGAUUGUUGUUACAGAUUCCUUCUACAAUCAGGUCUAUCCAUCAGGAUAAAAUCCUAGCACUUAGACAGCAGACACAGUUCUUGUGGGAGGCUUAUUUUUCUUCAGUUGAGAAGAUUGUAUUGACUACACUAGAGAUUAUUCAGGACAGAAUAUUCAAGCACAUAUCACGAAACAGCGUAAUAUGGAACAAACACCCAGGAGGUUUGUUCGUACUGCCACAGUAUUCAUCAUACUUGGGAGAUUUUCCUUUCUACUAUGCUAACCUAGGUUUAAAACCCCCGUCCAAAUUUACCGCUGUCAUCCACGCCGUGACCCCCCUGGUCUCGCAGUCUCAGCCGGUGCUGAAACUCCUGGUUGCUGCCGCCAAGUCCCAGUACUGUGCUCAGAUUAUAGUUCUGUGGAAUUGUGACAAGCCCCUGCCAGCCAAACACCGCUGGCCUGCCACUGCUGUCCCUGUCAUCGUCAUUGAAGGAGAAAGCAAGGUGAUGAGCAGCCGUUUCUUGCCGUAUGACAACAUCGUCACAGAUGCGGUGCUCAGCCUCGACGAAGACACCGUGCUUUCGACUACUGAGGUGGAUUUUGCCUUUACCGUGUGGCAGAGUUUUCCCGAGAGGAUCGUCGGGUAUCCGGCUCGGAGCCAUUUCUGGGAUAACGCUAAGGAACGCUGGGGCUACACGUCCAAGUGGACAAACGACUACUCCAUGGUAUUGACGGGAGCUGCUAUAUAUCACAAAUAUUAUCACUACCUGUACACGCAUUACUUGCCAGGCAGCUUGAAGGGCAUGGUGGACCAACUGGCCAACUGUGAGGACAUCCUGAUGAACUUCUUGGUGUCCGCUGUGACAAAAUUGCCUCCAAUCAAAGUGACCCAGAAGAAGCAGUACAAGGAGACAAUGAUGGGACAGACUUCCCGAGCUUCCCGUUGGGCUGAUCCAGACCACUUCGCCCAGCGACAGAGCUGCAUGAACACAUUUGCCAGCUGGUUUGGCUCCAUGCCACUGAUCCAUUCCCAGAUGAGACUGGACCCAGUCCUCUUCAAAGAUCAGGUCUCCAUCCUGAGGAAGAAAUAUCGAGACAUUGAGCGACUUUGAGAUUCCCUGACCAGUGGAGCCAGACCGUGCCAAGGGACAGAAACAAUUAGGUGAACAAAAGCAAAAAGGCCAAUGGGAACUUGACUCCUGGCUCUUGGGAUUGAAUGCUCUGGACCGUUUCACACUCACCUCACCACAGGUUUCCACGUCCCAAGACUAAGUUGUGUACAGUUUAAUUAUGGAACAUUAAAUAAUUAUUUUUGAAAUGAUUGCUAUGCAGGUUUAAACUUUUUUAAUGAUCAAACUAUUAAAAACCAGAGUUCUUUCUUUAAUCAAAA